CAUGGAGUUACAGUGGAGAGCUGUGUUGAGGGGAGAACUGCAACAUUUCUGAAUCAGCAUACAAGUGAUCUAUAAUAUAAGGAGCAAUCAUUUUUAUAUGUGUACAUUUCCAAAUCUCAUUCAAAGAGGGUUAAGGUAUCUGAAGUACCCUUCUAUUAAAAUUCAGACUGUAUUUGCUAGAACAAUUUCCAAUUGAGCAACGUAAAAAUGCAUCUGCUGUCAUUUCUCUUCUUCCCUCCUUUAAUCCCUACUCCCCAAUUUCCUUUAGAAAGAAACAACAGCAUGGAGUUUCUUUUCAAGGUCUUAAAAUAAAAAUCUCCAAAAAAGGGAUGCUGCUUAUAAAACCUUUCAGAGUUGUUUGAAAAAGAAAAACAAUGCAUAAAGAGCCAAGUGCUUAUAUUCUGGCCAAGUUAUGAGGCUCUGAGAACAAGAGCUUGAGGGGAAGACUGUUAACCCCAUCCACACCACCAGAAUUAGCUCUUUCCCUUUUGGUUUGCAAGCACUGCCUGUAAAGCCCUCGCAUGAGAGGCCAGCCUGCUAGGGAAAUCCAGGAAUCUGCAACAAAAACGAUGACAGUCUGAAAUACUCUCUGGUGCCAACCUCCAAAUUCUCGUCUGUCACUUCAGACCCCCACUAGUUGACAGAGCAGCAGAAUUUCAACUCCAGUAGACUUGAAUGUGCCUCUGGGCAAAGAAGCAGAGCUAACGAGGAAAGGGAUUUAAAGAGUUUUUCUUGGGUAUUUGUCAAACUUGUAUUCCCUGUCUGUGUGCAGAGGGGAUUCAACUUCAAUUUUUCUGCAGCGGCCCUGGGUCCAGCCCCUUACUUAAAGAUCUGGAAAGCAUGAAGACUGGGCUUUUUUUCCUAUGUCUCUUGGGAACUGCAGCUGCAAUCCCGACAAAUGCAAGAUUAUUAGCUGAUCAUUCCAAACCAACUGCUGAAACGGUAGCACCCGACAACACUGCAAUCCCCAGUUUAAGGGCUGAAGAUGAAGAAAAUGAAAAAGAAACAGCAGUAUCCACAGAAGACGAUUCCCACCGUAAGGCUGAAAAAUCAUCAGUACUAAAGUCAAAAGAGGAAAGCCAUGGACAGUCAGCAGAACAGGGCAAGAGUUCUAGCCAAGAGCUGGGAUUGAAGGAUCAAGAGGACAGUGAUGGUGACUUGAGUGUGAAUUUGGAGUAUGCACCAACUGAAGGUACAUUGGACAUAAAAGAAGAUAUGAGUGAGCCUCAGGAGAAAAAACUCUCAGAGAACACUGAUUUUUUGGCUCCUGAUGUUAGUUCCUUCACAGAUUCUAACCAACAAGAAAGUAUCACAAAGAGAGAGGAAAACCAAGAACAACCUAGAAAUUAUUCACAUCAUCAGUUGAACAGGAGCAGUAAACAUAGCCAAGGCCUAAGGGAUCAAGGAAACCAAGAGCAGGAUCCAAAUAUUUCCAAUGGAGAAGAGGAAGAAGAAAAAGAGCCAGAUGAAGUUGGUACCCACAAUGAUAACCAAGAAAGAAAGACAGAAUUGCCCAGGGAGCAUGCUAACAGCAAGCAGGAGGAAGACAAUACCCAAUCUGAUGAUAUUUUGGAAGAGUCUGAUCAACCAACUCAAGUAAGCAAGAUGCAGGAGGAUGAAUUUGAUCUGAGUAACCAAGAACAAGAAGAUAACUCCAAUGCAGAAAUGGAAGAGGAAAAUGCAUCGAACGUCAAUAAGCACAUUCAAGAAACUGAAUGGCAGAGUCAAGAGGGUAAAACUGGCCUGGAAGCUAUCAGCAACCACAAAGAGACAGAUGAAAAGACUGUUUCUGAGGUUCUGCUCAUGGAACCUACUGAUGAUGGUAAUACCAUGUCCAGAAAUCAUGGAGCUGAUGAUGAUGGCGGUGAUGAUGGUGAUGAUGGCGGCAAUGAUGGCCCCAGGCACAGUGCAAGUGAUGACUACUUCAUCCCAAGCCAGGCCUUUCUGGAGGCCGAGAGAGCUCAAUCCAUUGCCUAUCACCUCAAAAUUGAGGAGCAAAGAGAAAAAGUACAUGAAAAUGAAAAUAUAGGUACCAGUGAGCCUGGAGAGCACCAAGAGGCCAAGAAAGCAGAGAACUCAUCAAAUGAGGAGGAAACGUCAAGUGAAGGCAACAUGAGGGUGCAUGGUGUGGAUUCUUGCAUGAGCUUCCAGUGUAAAAGAGGCCACAUCUGUAAGGCAGACCAACAGGGAAAACCUCACUGUGUCUGCCAGGAUCCAGUGACUUGUCCUCCAACAAAACCCCUUGAUCAAGUUUGUGGCACUGACAAUCAGACCUAUGCUAGUUCCUGUCAUCUAUUCGCUACUAAAUGCAGACUGGAGGGGACCAAAAAGGGGCAUCAACUCCAGCUGGAUUAUUUUGGAGCCUGCAAAUCUAUUCCUACUUGUACGGACUUUGAAGUGAUUCAGUUUCCUCUACGGAUGAGAGACUGGCUCAAGAAUAUCCUCAUGCAGCUUUAUGAAGCCAACUCUGAACAUGCUGGUUAUCUAAAUGAGAAGCAGAGAAAUAAAGUCAAGAAAAUUUACCUGGAUGAAAAGAGGCUCUUGGCUGGGGACCAUCCCAUUGACCUUCUCUUAAGGGACUUUAAGAAAAACUACCACAUGUAUGUGUAUCCUGUGCACUGGCAGUUUAGUGAACUUGACCAACACCCUAUGGAUAGAGUCUUGACACAUUCUGAACUUGCUCCUCUGCGAGCAUCUCUGGUGCCCAUGGAACACUGCAUAACCCGUUUCUUUGAGGAGUGUGACCCCAACAAGGAUAAGCACAUCACCCUGAAGGAGUGGGGCCACUGCUUUGGAAUUAAAGAAGAGGACAUAGAUGAAAAUCUCUUGUUUUGAAUGAAGAUUUUAAAGAACUCAACUUUCCAGCAUACUCCUCUGUUCUAACCACUUCAGAAAUAUAUGCAGCUGUGAUACUUGUAGAUUUAUAUUUAGCAAAAUGUUAGCAUGUAUGACAAGACAAUGAGAGUAAUUGCUUGACAACAACCUAUGCACCAGGUAUUUAACAUUAACUUUGGAAACAAAAAUGUACAAUUAAGUAAAGUCAACAUAUGCAAAAUACUGUACAUUGUGAACAGAAGUUUAAUUCAUAGUAAUUUCACUCUCUGCAUUGACUUAUGAGAUAAUUAAUGAUUAAACUAUUAAUGAUAAAAAUAAUGCAUUUGUAUUGUUCAUAAUAUCAUGUGCACUUCAAGAAAAUGGAAUGCUACUCUUUUGUGGUUUACGUGUAUUAUUUUCAAUAUCUUAAUACCCUAAUAAAGAGUCCAUAAAAAUCCAAA